AUGCAUGGUAAGGAUUCUUUUUGGACUGGGGUCCCAGUGGGUUACGAUGAGCCCCUCCCGAGAACUCCGGAUGUCUUUCCUCGAAAGGAGAAGGUGAGACAGUUGGAUGAGUCGGAGUACAAUAAUUUGGCUUGCAACUACCGCUCGGCCCGAGAGAUGUCGGAAGAGCUGGAAAAGAAGUUCAGGGAAGAAGAGGCUUUGGGGAGGAUGAUCCCAACCACCUUAUCAGCUUUGCAAUCAAAACACCCUGAGCGAACCCCUUUGGUGGCAGCAAUGGGGGCCAUCAAGAAACCGAAUGGUGAUGUCAGACCGUUGCAUGACGGUACCCAUUUCGUCCAGCUUAAUAACAAUAUUUGCUUCCAGGACCAGUUGCAAUACCCUGGACCUGAGGAUGCUGCUGCCAUGAUCCGUUUGGUGGAAGAUGACGAAGAAUCUCUUUUUGCGAUGUCGGCAGAUAUCAAAGCGGCACACCGCCUGGUGAAGAUCCGAGAAGAGGAUUGGCCUUUGUUGGGGUGUAGGGCUCAUGACGACGAUAAGACCAUCUGGAUCAACACCGUCGGGACAUUUGGGGUAUCAUCGGCGAGUUACUGGUGGACACGCCUCUUCGCUGGGAUUGGACGACUGGUUGCCUACAUCCUGGGACAGGAGAAUUGGUUUCAAUUGGUUUACGUUGAUGACUUGCAUCUCACCUGCCUGGGGCCACGCAAGUUUCUUGUUUUGUGGACGGCCUUGGCACUGUAUGAGAUAUUGGGCACACCCUUCUCCUAUGCAAAGUUUUCAGGCGGCCUCCAAGUCUGCUUCGUGGGGUAUUUGCUGGAUUACCGUGCCUGCCGUUUGGGCAUUACCCAACGGAGGGGAGCUUGGCUGGUUUCUUUCAUCGAUGAGAUGUUUGCUUCAAAAGGAACGAUUUACAUGAGAAGGUUCAAUGAGUUUCUGGGCCGCCUUGGUUUCGUCUCUAGGGUAUUGCUCUGGUUGAAACCUUUCUUGGCCCCUCUUUAUUCGUGGAGCGCAGCGCUCGACCGGGGUACAGUUGCCAAAUGUCCCAAGCUGGUGAUGUUAGUUUUGAGAUUCUUGCAGUUGCAGCUGAAGGACUGUACCUACAUGCAUUCAUGUAGCCGCCCUACGGUUCUGCCACAGGAAGUCUUUAGGACUGACGCCAAAUGCGCCAAGGGCAAAGUCGUGCUGGGUGGACAUCAUCUUCAAACGGGCUACCUGGACAAGGACAUGCUGAGGUCCACGGCGCAGAUUGUGAACCUGGGCAAAUUUGAGAAAUCUGACUGGUAG